UAUUGCUUAUCUUCCAGUGAGUGAGUGGUUGAACGGGACUGUGUUCAUGGAACGUCCGUGGCUGGAGGCAGAACGGUGGCUGCUGGUGGCUGUGUUGGGAAUGGAGAUGCUUAUGGGAGUUGUGGGAAACUUUCUUGUGCUGUUGGUCAAAGUCACGUGCAGGGGUCAUUUCUGCUGUCGUUACUGGCUUCCUUUCUUCAGCCUCACCAUGUCAGAUUUAGGCUGCUCCCUCCUCAUCAUCCCUGGAUCUCUGUUGGCCAUGCUGACAGGAAGGCAGAGGUCACCGUGGUGUGAAGUCGUCAGCCUGCUCAAGUUUGCCUUCAUCACCUCCUCCAUAGGGAGCUUAGCCAUCCUCUGUGUGCAACAGCUGAUUGGCAUGGCCUCCACAAGAAGUCCUGUCUUUGUUGUCAUGGCAGCAGCCUGCCUUUCUUCUUGGGUGACAGGGGUGGUGUUUGGGAGUGUCCCUGUUGUCUACACCUGGAUCAGGUACGACCCUGCAGAGAUGUUGUGUGCUGUCUUUUGGGAGAACAGUUACUCAGAUAUGUUGGUCUAUAUUCUCUGCGCUUUCUCCAUUUGUAUCUUCCUCCCCUUCCUCCUCAUCGUCCUUUGCUCUCUACUGAUUGCCACUGGCUGCCGCUCAAGCUGCAACAGGGAUGGUGAAGCAGAUCUGUCUUCAGUCAGUCCUAAGCUGGUGGCCUUCUACAUGCUCUGCUACACUCCUUUUGUUGCGUCUGAGCUCAUCCUGCUGGGAAGGAUGGACCUGUCCCCGGCACCUCAUUGGUUAAGGACUCUUUCAUCAGUGAUGUCAUACUUGGACUGUAGUCUGAACCCUCUUAUUUACUGCUCCCAUCAAAACUUCCGGGAAGCGGGCCUCGCUCUGCUUUGGACCAGAAAGAAACCAUCGACAGAGCCUGUCCUCACUUCUAUCACUAGACAUGACGUGUAAAUAUGUGACGGGUUCAACGUGUAUUCCCCACAAAUAUCAAGAACACAUUUCAUAAACAGCAGCAUUUAUUUGAGGUCAGUGUCAUUAG